AGAUCCCAUCAAUGCUAUGUCGCGAGAAUCCGAAUCCCCAGUCCGAUACCCGCAUGUAAAGAUUCAGAAGCACCAUCUCCUAGCCACUGGUACCACUCAAAUUCUAUGUAUACUCAAUGCUACAAAUUACUUAGACCACCAAUUACCCCCACUCAUUUUUAACUAAUACUAAUUACUUCCCCUAACGUUUCUCAUGAGGCCGCAGUUUGUUUUGUUGCAGGAGCGCUACCCGCCGCUCUGGUCCGCGGCAAGUCCCGGGCCGGAGAACAUCAACCCCCAUUCCCCCCCGAGCGACACGUUCCAGUUUCCUGUGGAUCACGAGCGGCAACUCCGCCGCGUGCAAAGUCUGGUGUUCGAACCGCAGGGCAGUCCCGACGCGGUUCGUGCCGCGCUCACCAUCUUGGCAAGCCACUGGUGGACGCCGGAAAAUGUUCCGCGCCGGAGCCAGGAGGAGGGAACCUUGUCGUCGUUCGAGAAAGAGGACCAUCCGACCGCGCAUCUCUGGACCGACGAGCGGAUUGCGGCGGGCUGCCGCCCGCGGAUCUUCCCCGGCGCCGUGAACAGCUUCGACCCGCUAGGCCACAUUGUCGGAUUGCCGGAUGGAGUUUCGUUGUUACCGGGUGACGCGCGAUUGGAUCAGGACAUCAAGAACGACGGCAGCGAGGACCUCUCUGCGGGUUCUUGUCCCGAUCAGGCAGUCGGAGGUUUUUUGCAAAAUGAACAUGCGAGGAUUUUUGCAAGCAAACUACCCGACAAAGACGCUAGUCCCGCGAGCACAGCGGCGAGUCUGAGCGAGGUAGAUAUAGAUUCUGCCGGAGAUCAUGAGCAGGAAAGGUCGCACGCAGACGACCACGGAGGAAAAAAUGGAAAUAAGCGCGUCACGCCGCCGCCGCCGCACCACCAGCUGCAAGAGUUGUUGAAGAGUUGCAGUUCCAACAAAAGCUUUUUCCCGACCCCCCGGUUCGUGCAGCUCGUCGAUUGCGAGACCGGGCUUGAGGUGCAGGCGAGUGUGGAUCCGGAAAGCUAUUUGGACAGCCGCAGAGAACGGUUACGACAAAAGAUUUUGGCCGCCAGAAGGCAGUUCUCACGCAACUGCGAGGUGGCGCUGGAACUUCAGAAGCUUGUGGAGAAGAAAGUUCGAAAGUGGAUUGCGCUCUUUGAGGACUUACCGCUGCAGGAAAAGAUCGACCCGAAUACCGAACAGAUCGACAAACUCUCGGACGCGGUGUUGCAGGCGGGAGACGAGGACCAACAUGCGUCAUCUCGCUUGCUGGCUGCGGCCGUAACGCCCCUCCAGUGGCGGUCCGCCUCGGAACUGGAUGCGGAAGAGGAUGCCUUGGAAAUUUCCGACGCUGCCGCGCUGGAGGCGCUUCUCCACGCACAAACGGGUUUAGGCGGCAGCCGGUUUGAGCGGUUGAGCGCCGCGGAGCGACAGGCCUACCUCCAGCAGGGGCCAAGCUUGGUCCGCAAGAGUCGGGUGGACUGGAGCGAAGCUCUCCGAGUCGUGGAGAGCGUGCUAGAAAGGGAAAUGAAAAUUAUGGGAAUGAACAGUGCCUCCGGAGGAGAUGAUCGGGUUGCUAGUACAACAGCCGUGGAAGAUUAUCAUCACAAAAACAUGCGGUUCUGCAGCACUGUAACCGACGACGCAGAUUUGCAGAGGUUCACGCCGCAGCAAAUCAUCUUCAAGGCACGGCUCCGGCCCGUGGAACCGGUCGUGUUUGCGGAUUUGGAGGCAGAAACAACAGAUAUCUACUUUUCGGCCGCGUCCUCGCCUCCAAGAACCCUCCAGACCUGGCCACAAGCCGUCCGCACGAGCGUACGGGAUGCGACAUUUUCCUUUCUCAAUAUCGAGCUGGGUUCGGACACGAGCUUCGUUCUAGGUACGGACAAAGUGGCUGCGACUUCGGCGCGGACGCGGGUGCUGGUGCAAGAAAGUUUGGAGCAGGUAGAAGAGCACGGAAGCGGGAACGCGACAAGGCCAGAAGUGGUGACGAAUGCAGCUGCGGGUCUGAUGGACGGCUGCACGACCAGCACUUCUGAAAAGGUUACUACUGAUCCACAACUCGCACCACCUGACGGCUCCGAGGCCGCCAACUGUCCCAUGCUGGCCGCGAACAGCAAUCUGUUAUUCUGGGAACCGGGCGAGCAGUUUUACGUCGUGGCCAGCCUGCUGCUGUGGUCUCACUUGUGCAAAAACUAUGUCCGUGAUGUACAACCGACAGCACGUCAGCUCCCCCUCCGCGACAUCCGCGACGCGACCGGGAAGAACUGUUUGGAUUUCGCCGUUCACGGGGGUCUGCGCGAUUUGGUGGAAAAGUUGCUGCAGUGGCCGGCGGAUGGGGAGGGGGAAGCGGAAAAGACUUCAGCUUUCACCGUCGAAAAGCACCACGUUGCCAUGGCGGUCAGCGACCGUAUCCUGGGCUGCGAAAAGGACGGGGCGCUGCUUAUGCUGCAACUGUUCCUGAAAAUGGCAGCGGGGGACGAGAAAAGCGAAAGCGAAGAAGUUGUUGAUCAUCUUCCCGAAGGCAAUAGAAAAGAACGCGGAUUGGAUGAGGAGGGGGCGAUUUCAAAAAAGGCGGACGAAUCGGAAAUCGAAGUAGGCCAGAAAACAAAAACUCCGGCUUCGAUCAAGAAGAAAAGUGAGCCGACAACUGUUUCGGCAAAGCAGGCUCAGAUUGUGCAGUGGUUGCAAGAGUUGGAGCUGGAAGGAAUACAGGAACAGCAGUGAAUGAAUGUUCUUGUUGUAAAAAACUGUUGUACAUAAUUCAGAUGUUUGCGGCACUACGUAUUCGAAGAUGGUGCAGCGACCCUUUUUUGCUGCUUGUAUGAUCCGAAUAGUAGUGACGAGCACUGAUGUAAAAGAAAAAAACUGUUUGCCGUCUACACAAGAAAGGAAUUAUGUGUAGCCAUACUGCAGAAUUGGUGAACCGGUGAAGACCGCAUAAGUUUCAUAUAUAUACAAGCGACGAAAAGAGGACCGGUUUCAUCUACUCGGUCAAAAUCAAAAUUAACUUUAUUCCUUUGCUCGUCGAAAAGACUAGCCGAUAGAAAGCGAAAAAAGCAGAGACAAG